AUGUCACGUAGAGGGACCACACCAAAUCCAUUACCUCUCGGCUCCUUUUCCUCACAUUUUGCCCAGCUCACAUCUCAAUCCCAGCCGGUACAGAAGCAGCCUCAAGCCAGACCUAAUACUCUUGCACCAAGAGCUUCACCGCUUGCCAGAAGUCCCUCUGGUCUCAAUUCAGCAAAUGUACUUAGUGUCGAAGAAUGGGAGACCAAAGCACCUCUAAACGAUCUACAAAUAAGAUGCGUAGCUGCUGUCAAAAAAGCAAGUGAAAUCAAAAGAGUUCCGGACAAAUUUGAUACUGCUAGUAAUGAAAAAGAUUCCCCGUCUCGUCCCUCUACUCCGCUCGCAAAAAGGCUCUUACCAUCCGCCAUCACACCAGGAACGCCAGGUUCCAGCUCGCGACCUGGAACACCGUCUCGCUUUGGGCCAGCUAGCCAUAAACUUCAUCCCAAAUAUCCUUUGCAUACUCCCCAGCAAUUCUAUGAUUGGCAUGCGCUAAUAUCGCGCUCAGUCACUCAUGCGCAAGAGUCCCAUUUUCGCGCACAUCUCGAUUCAGUUUCGUCUCACAUCGAAACAUGCGAUUUUCUUAUUUCCCAAAUAGAUCAGGUAGAGGAUGAGAUCACCUCAAUGCAUUUUCAAUGGCAAGGUGUAGAAGAUGGCGGUCGAAGCUUGAAGGAAUCUAGUGAAGGGUUAUUGAUUGAGCGCGACUCACUUCUUAAACUGGAGAGUGAGUUAGGUGAAAGAUUGGAUUACUUUAAAGAGCUGGAGUAUGCAACGCGCAUGUUAAACGCUUCUGUGCUCGAGGGUUCUGCAGGAAAGGGGGGAAGGCCACUUGUUAUGGAGUUUGAAUUCUUGGAUAUGGUGGAAAGAGUGGUCAUUUGCAUCCAAUGGCUGGAAGCGCACAGGCAUUACCGAGAAGCAGAAAUUUAUCUCUUAAGAUUUCAUCAAUGUUUGACCAGGGCUAUGACUCUAAUUAAAAUGUACUUCGUCGGAAGCCUUAGGGCCGUUCAAGCAGAUGUCGCACGGAGAUUCGGUGAUAAGGCUACAUCUUCCUCUACGCAAACCACGCAUCAUCUUUUGUAUACGCGUUUCCGCGCUCUGAUUUCUCCUCCAUCCAGCACAACACCCACCCAUGUCCCUUCUUCCCUACGGCCCCUUCUUCUUGAACUUGAAUAUCGCGCUCGGAGCUAUCCUGCGGAACUCGGUGCCCUACUUGGGGAGUGUCACUCUGCUUAUCUCACGGCUCGCAAGGCGCUGGUAGGACCAGUGGUACGUGCAGAAGUCGAAGGCCUUGUGAAGGCGGUCGACUUAGCUUCAAGUGCGGGAGGUACGAGUGAUGUCGUUGAACUAACAAGAGUUGGGUGUAGCUACGUGAAACAACUCUGCACCGACGAGUUUGACCUGUUCAAGGAGUUUUUUACCACAGGCGAAGAAAUUUUAUACAAUUAUCUCGAAACUCUCUGCGAUUAUCUUUAUGACGACCUUCGCCCUCGGAUACUACAUGAACCUCGACUGACGGCUCUCUGCGAGGUUUGCACCGUUCUACAAGCCUUGAUGAUUUUGGACGUGCGCGUCGAUGACGACGGUGAGAGCGAGAACGACUCUGCAGAUGUCGAAGAAAAACUCGGGCUUGACCUUAACCUUGAUCCAACCCUUCGCACUCCUGACCCCAACUCCAGCGCGCUUGGACAUUUAAAACCCCGGCUCCAUAUUGCGCAGCUGCUCCAGAUGAUAUUGCAAGAUGCACAAACAAGACUUUUCUUCAAAGCUCAAGCUAUAGUGCAAAGUGAUAUUCGACACUACGUUGCAAAAGACGAUGAUCUUGCUUAUCCAGCUAGGUUGUUAAAUGCUGUCGGGCUCAGCGACUCUUUGUUGAGGGACAGGGCAAAUGAAAAGGAGAGCUUCAGCCAAAUGUGGUCCACACAACUGGGGUCAGAUAAAGAUCACGGAGCAUCGUUGGACAACCAGCAAACAUGGUUUCCAACAUUGCGCAAGACGAUACUGGUGUUGGAACAAUUGCAUGAGUUUGUCAACCCAGCGAUUUUCGAGGAUAUUGCGGAAGAAGCGAUCGUACUUUGCCAAUCAUCAUUGGUCGCUGCUUCUGAAAACAUAGUCAAUUCUGCUUCCUCUUCCUCUAAUCGUCUCGCCCCGCUGUCCGAAACAGCAAAUACGGCAUCUUUGAUAUCUGAGCCUAUCGCUCGAAGCACUCUGCUGGAUGGUUACCUCUUCCUCGUGCGGCAUCUACUAAUAUUGAGGGAAGUACCGGUUAGGUUUGGUCUCAUCACAGAGAGUACCGACAAUUCUGCGAACACGAACGCCGCACGAACUACAGAUUGGGGCGCGCUUUCGGGACCUGGUCCUCAGAAAGUAGGUGUGGGUACAUCAAACAGUGUCACCGAUACUUUAGCGUCUAUUUUCGGAGGUGGUUCUGCGGCAUCUUUACUUGCGACAUUAGGGGUCCUUCCGAGUGAUUUUGGUGACGCUGUAGCUGGUAGGCCAGACAGUAAACGGACGAUUGACAAUGCUAAAAGGUCGAUCAAUCAGUCUCUUCGAUUAGCAUGCGAGAACACUAUUGCCACAUGUACGAACGAGGUUUGUGAACCUUUGCGAAUGUGGGUCGAGCGUGUCGGAGCUUUCAGCGCAACCUCUGUGUCUUCGAAGGGUGACUUUCAUACAUCGCCUUCAGCCACGAUGAAUAUCUCAGUCUCUUCUUCGAAUCAAUCUGUGGGAUCAAAAGAUGUGAAAGGAAUGCCGGACUGGGCAUCCCCAGCCUCCGCAAGUGAGGUGGAUCACAAUUUCAAGAUGGCAUGCGAGGAAAAAUUGUUACUGGCCGUACGGAAAAUACGGCUAUAUCUAGGUGGAGUAGAAACAGGAGAGGAAGAAAACAAGAACUUGAAUAAUAUAAAUGGGAACAUCCACGAUGGUGAAAAGCGGCCGGUCUCUUCCCCGAAUACAUCUGCGCGGGCUCUUUCCAACGUUAUCGUACAGCAUGUCCAAGAGCGCAUCGGGGAGGAAUACGCAUGGUUCCGGGAUGUGAUGUGGGGAAUGUCUACAGAUGCUGGUACGUCGGAUAAGACAGGAGUGUCAGCACUGUAUACGGAAGAGCAAGUGAAGGAGUUGCAGGAGUUGCGGGAGAGAAUUUUGGAUCAAAGAACGUUGAAAGCUAUGUUGAAGGGGAUCACUGAGGGGCAAUGA